AUGCCGUCUCGCCACUCCUUCAGUUUUUCCCAGGCAUUUGCCGCCCAAGGCCCCUCUGCUGCUAUCGCUCGGACAGAAGAACCAUCCUCCUCCCCCUCCCACUUUCCCACACCCCCCAUCAUCCACAUCAACGUGUCUCCCCCGCGUCCCCUCCCCCCUGCUGCCGACGCCUCUGCCUUGCCCCGCUCCCCCGUUCACUCCCCCCGCGCCUCCUCCCACCCCGUCGGCUCCCCAUCUUCCUCCGCUGCCUAUUCAUUCUCCCGCUGGGGAGGCGAGAAUACCGCAGGGGCAGCCGAGGCAGGAAGCCUUAAAGUUAGCAGCGGGGGGGGCGGGAGAUUAUCCGAAGAUCGUGCCUCUACUGUUCCUGAAGAUGGGCCGUUUCCCUUUUUCUUUAUCCUGCCAACCAACCUCCCCCGCCUCUUUUCCGGACUACAGGAAAUCUCCACACCGCCUCUUCUAACAGCCUUGCCAUGCCAGCUUUCCCCCUCCUCCGCCCUUCUCUGUCCCUCCUUCUCUCCCUCCCUCCCUCCCUCACUCACUCCCUCUCUCCCUCACUCACUCCCUCUCUCCCUCCCUCCCUCCCUCCCUCUCUCCCUCCCUCCCUCCCUCCCUCCCUCCCUCUCUCCCUCCCUCCCUCCCUCCCUCCCUCCCUCCCUCCCUCCCUCCCUCCCUCCCUCCCUCCCUCCCUCCCUCCCUCCCUCCCUCCCUCCCUCCCUCCCUCCCUCCCUCCCUCCCUCCCUCCCUCCCUCCCUCCCUCCCUCCCUCCCUCCAUCCAUCCAUUUAUCCAUCCAGCCAACCUUUGCCUCGAAUUCCUACGACAGUCUUUACUUCAUUUGUCUCCUCUUCUCCCCCGCCUUUCCCCAUCAACCUCAAGCAAACAGCCCACACAUGCCCACCCAACGCUGCGUUGCCACCCCCACUCAAGUGGCCCAUGCAUCCCCCCGUAAUACUGGUGCACACCAUCACAUGCUACCUGCCAAGCCCAUGCCGCCCAUGAGUGCGACUGGAGGGGCGGCAGCGGGCGGCGCUGGUACAGUUGAUGUGGAUGAAAUAAUUAAGCAGGCCAAUAAUAAGUCGAUCCAACGGCCACCACCAAAUCAACAGCCAAAGCAACAGGCCACAUUCUUCUGCUGCUAG